AUGCUCAUCUCCAUCAUCGCGAUCCUCUUCGUUGCAAAAUGCCUCUCGACGGGCAUGAAAUGGCACCUGGCGAGCCAGAACCUCGACCUCGCCAUGCUGGUCGUCCAGCAGUUGCAGGAAAAGUACCUGGCGGCUAGGUUCAUCUUUGCGUACUACACGGCGGCGUUUGAGAAGGUGGCGCCCUCCCAGAGACCGUUGCUGGAUGCGCCUUCGGCGUCGGCAACUUCUUCUUUGUCGACGGCCUCUUGCUCCAAUGCAUUUCCGAACACGACCAAUGCUGUCACCACCACUACCGCUAAUACUAGUAGUAUCGAAAACGUCCCGGGAAUGUAUGGCAGAGCCGCCGAGGGCCGCGCUGGCCCAGGCCCCGAUAUCAGUCCGUUCAACGCCGUCGAGUCCUUCUCCUCGGGACAAGAAGACCAUCUGGGCACAUGGGCCGAGUGUUUCCCGGCGAGCAUGGCCGCGGAUUUUGACAUCUUGUUCGGGGCCGAGGGCAUCAUGAGAGGGUUUGAGGAACUCGUUUGA